AUGAACUACUUGAGCUGGAACUGUCGGAGGUUAAAUAACCCUCGGACAGUUCGGGAGCUCCGGAACAUUAUCCAGAGAGAUAAAGUUUCGAUUAUUUUUUUAGUAGAAACAAAGUGUUCGAAUAAAGUCAUCAACAAGCUAAAACAGGAUAUUGGAUGGUUUGAACUAGGAGUUGACUCACUAGGGAACUCAGGUGGUUUAGCUCUUCUCUGGAGAAAGGAUUUGGUUGUUGAACUUAUACGUUUCUCAGAAAGUUUCGUUGAUGUUAAGGUCUACAUGGGUGACUUCAAUGAGGUACUCACCCAGCAGGAAUUUCAGGGCGCUGUUUUGAGAUCGAAUUGGCAAAUUAUGAACUUCAGAAAGGCACUAUCAGACUAUAACUUGUUUGACUUAGGCCAUGAAGGUAAUCGUUUCACUUGGUGUCGAAAUAGGUCGGCUCCUGAUACAACUAGAGCUCGUCUGGACCGUGCAUGCGUCUCCCAUGACUUCCUAGACUUGUUUCCUGACGCCAAGAUCUAUCACUCACAUGCUCUUUUUUCCGAUCAUGUUCCUAUUGUUCUAAGAUUAUCGUGCCCGCAUGGCCUAUCAAAAACUUGCAGCAAAUCUAGGAGGGACAAACGCUUUAUGUUUGAAGCAAUGUGUAGGUUGGGUCUUCUCCAAUGGAACAAGCAGUCCUUCGGCAAUCAUACUAAAGCUGCGGAUGAACUUCGACAAAGGAUUUCUCACCUCCAACAAGGCAAUUUGACAGAUGCCAUAAAGGCUGAGAUUGGUUCUUUAAUUACCCAACUAGAGGAGCUUCUCGACAAGCAAGACAUCAUGUGGAAACAGUGA